AUGGGAGACAAUGACCCAGUCCCUGAUGCGGCCUCGUUGAUGGGCAACCUCAUUGACGAGUUUCGCUCCGCACUCGAUGAGUCCCUAAUCAUUGCUAUUGUCGGUGACUUUGACCUGACCCUGCAGUUCGACGAGGCCCGUGGCAUCCUCCAAGGCCUCUCCCAGGAUGCAGAGGCCGAGGAGGCGUCUCGCUUCAUUGCCGGUGGGGGAGAUGGCCAGAUCGAUGACCUCGCAGCACUCGGGGGAAAUGCCAACACCAACUCCUCGCAUUCCACUUCGGGCUCCAAGCCCUGUACCGACGUCUCGUCCAGGACCGAUUUCAGCGACACCCUAUCCGAGCAGUUCGAGUUGCUGGACCUCCCCCAGGACGUUGAUGUCCUGGCCCUGGAUGAGGAUGGCAAGAUUGCCGAGCUGAAGACCAUGUUCCCGCUUCUCAAGGACAUGGACAUCAAAUUCUGCCUGAGAAAAGCCGAUGGGGACUUCACAAAGGCUUGUGAGGAGCUCCUCAGCACCCAGUUCCUGGAAGAAAAUGGUCGCUCCGGAGUAGAAAUGCCCAAGGAGAAGGCCGGAAAGGCCAGGCUCGACGUCGGGUACCGCCUGAAGCCGCUAGACCUGGACGCAGAGGACAAAGCAGCCAGCAGCCCGGUCUCACCGGCUUUGACCGCGUCUCGCCCUCUCACUCGGCGGAGCUCGCUUCCACGGUUGAUGCCAUCAUCCAGCGCUUCAACCUCCGCUCCCAACACCCCGGCCACCAAGUCCACCACCGAAUGGCAGACGGUGCAGUCCGCCAAGCCACGCAAGACAUACAGCGAGCUGGCAAGCGACGCCGCCGCCGCACGCGCUUUGACGUCCCAGUCCUUCAGCGCCGCGAACGCCGCCUACCGGCGCGGCAAGUCGGACGCGCUGUUCCGGCCGGUGGCGGGGGUGCUGGCGGAGCGGGCGCGGGAGCAGCUGGACCGGUCGCGGGCGGCGCAGAGCGCGAGCUACGAGGCGCUGGUCGACGAGAACUCGUCGGCGGGCCACAUCGACCUGCACGGGGUCCCGGUCGCCGACGGCGUGCGCAUGGCGCUCGAGCGCACGCAGGCCUGGUGGGCCGGGCUCGGCGAGGACAGGGCCCGCAGGGCCCGCGACGAGGGCUUCACCGUCGUCACGGGCCUGGGCAAUCACAGCUCCAAGGGCGUGUCGCGCCUGCGCCAGGACGUCGGCGCCGCGCUGAAGCGGGCUGGGUGGAGGGUCAGGACUGAGACGGGGCAGUUUGUCGUCACGGGGAAGGUGUAG